UUUCGUUUGUGAUCCGAUGCGGUUCCUAUAACGGUAUACAGACUAAACUGGAACACAAAUGGAAGUUCAAACCUCCUCGUGAUAUAAAAUGGCUGACGUAACGUGACGAGAUAUACGCAACAGAUUACAUUGCCAGAAGUAGUACCCCGAGGAGCCAUGCUGAAGUCGGAAGACUUUUCUGAUACAUCCCCCCUCUUGGAAAACGACGAUGACCAGAGAGUCGGGGAAGGGGAAGGACAGAGGAGGGUAUCCCGCAGGACUUCAUACUUCAUCGUAGGUCUCUUGUUUGUGGUCAAUCUUAUCAACUACAUGGACCGCUAUACCCUUGCAGGUGUUUUGGAUCAGGUUCAAACGUACUAUGGUUUGGACAAUUCCCAAGACGGACUGCUACAAACUGUAUUUGUCGUUACCUAUAUGAUUUUCUCUCCGGUUUUCGGUUACCUUGGCGACCGAUACCCCCGGAAGUACCUCAUGGCAGGAGGCAUCCUUUUCUGGUCUGGUGUCACGCUUACUGGUUCUUUCAUUGAUAAAAACCACUUCUGGGUUUUUCUGAUGCUGCGCGCCCUGGUAGGUGUAGGAGAGGCUAGCUAUGUCACAGUCUCAACUACCAUAAUUGGUGACCUUUUCCAUGACAGAAUGCGUACAAAAAUGCUUAUCGUAUUCAAUGUGGCUGUUCCAUGUGGAAGUGGACUUGGAUAUAUUGUCGGGUCUAAUGUAGCCAAGUUGUUCGGCGCCUGGCAGUGGGCAUUACGGGUGACCCCAGGGUUUGGCGUUAUCUGUGUCAUACUGAUACUAAUUCUCCCCGAGCCCACUCGCGGGUCAGCAGACGGAGGGACCAAUCUCAGCAACACGUCUUUCCUUCGUGACCUUAAAGAACUAUUGACAAAUAAGACGUUAGUUCUGUCAUCCUUUGGGUUUACCUGUGUGGCCUUCGUGACCGGGACACUGGCUCUGUGGUCCCCAAUUUUUAUCCUUGACUCCAUCAAAGUCCAGGGGAGAGAAGGGGAUCAAUCUAGUGUUAGUCUGAUAUUCGGUGUACUCACGGUUGUUGCGGGCCUGACAGGCGUGGCUAUAGGUGGGGAAACCUCCCGGAGACUUAAGGGCAGGUACCCCCGGGCCGACCCCAUCAUAUGUGCCGUUGGAAUGCUAGUUGGAACACCAUUUCUCUUCUUCGCCCUCUACGUGUCGCCUUACAGCACGACUAUCGCCUGGGUCCUCAUCUUCCUUGGAGAGACAGCAGUAUGCAUUAAUUGGUCAAUUGUCAAUGAUAUACUACUGUACGUUGUGAUCCCAACUAGACGUGCGCUGGCCGCAGCUGGUCAGAUUUUCCUCUGCCACGCCCUCGGGGACGCAGGAAGUCCUUACAUCAUCGGUCUGGUAUCUGACGCCCUGGCCAAAGGUUACAGCCACCCGGCCACCACACCGUCUGUUCAGUUUGCUACCCUACAGGUGGCGUUGUACGUCACUCCCUUCGUUAGUGUGUUAGGAGGCAGUUUCUUUCUGGCCGCUUCACUGUUCGUGGUACAGGAUCGCGAGACUGCCAAACAUAUCACAGAACAGGCGAAUGCGCAGUCGGAAGUAGAUGAUGACCGUGUGGAGCCAACAGACAACGACUUCCUGUCUGCUGAUUUAUCCUAUUCUGUUAAUUGAAAUAAUGAUAAUAAUAAUAAUAAAAACAAACGUUAUAAUACAUCAAAAGGUAAAGCUAUGACUUGUAACGAACCUGAAGUUAACUGGACUCUAAUAAUGAUAUGAGCUAGCAGUGUACCAGAAUAUACAGUUCUGGAAACCAGGCUCCUCGAGUCCGAUGCUUCAAUAUCUACUUAAUCCAGUUCGGACUUAGACACUACCUGACCUAAUGUGAUAAGGGAAAAUGAAAUUGUGAUUAUAUUGCAUAUUGAUACGGGUUUUUCUAAUUUUGUUACAGCCUUUAAUUAAUAUUUUUGUUAUCAAUAAUAUUUGUACAGAAUCGCGUGAUUUAUAUCGCUUUAUUACAUUUAUAUAACAUUAAGUCAAAUCCAACCGUAGAAUGGCCAGCCCAGGCAGCUUUGUGAAAGAGAGUUGAAAGAUGACAGCGCAUAGUAAAGUCAAAAUGCACUAGAGACAGGCUAAAGUGGCCUCAUGUAUGUUAUAUGAGAAUAAUAUGAGCGGCUGAUGAAGAGAGAUGAAUUCUUCGUAUCAGGGUCUAAAAUAAUGGACGAAAGAUUGAAAGAAAGAUCGAGAAUAAGGUAUUAUAGGUGU